AUGCCGCAGGUCGUCGUCGGCUGGUCCACGGAAGAUCUGAGCUUGUUCACGCCCGCGUCGGCGCCAAUCCUGCCCCAAAGUGCCAUCGAGGCAUUCGUGUCGCCGAAUAAAGCGGCUUCAAUGUCAACGGGUGGCAGUGGCAGUAGUGGCAGUGCCGGGGCCCCCCCAGCCUCGCCGUCACAAACCUCCGAGUCAAACCAGAGCCAGGAACAAGACCACGAAGGUGGCCUCUCUACAGGCGCCAAAGCCGGAAUCGGCGUCGGCGCCGCCGUACUCGCCUUCCUCCUCCUCGCAGGCGCUUUCUGGAUCUUCCGCCGGAAGCGAGCUGGCAAGAGCUCCGUCCAGCGAGCAAGAAGUCAACGCCCGUACGUCGAUUCCAAAGGCCAGCUCGAGGGUAAUGCCGUCAGCCGUAGAGACCAGGAGAUUGUCGAAUUGCCUGGGAAGGAGGCGCAGGAAGCAGAUUCUCGUCCAUAUGUCACCUUUGAGGGGGAACCUCUGGAAGCGGAUUCGCCGCCGCCUAUACCGUUGGCGAGUAAGCCGAGGUGGGAACUAGAGGGAGGGUUUCGAGGGCAUGAGGUAGGGCCACGAUCGCCGGGUGCUGAUGGGAGUCGCGGGGUGGUGUAG